AUGAUCUCCAUCUUGGAUGAAGCAUGUCUGACGGUGGGCGAUGUCACCGACACCAUUUUCCUGGAGUCCAUGAACAGCAAACUGGGGAAGCACCCUCAUUACAGCAGCAGGAAGCUCUCCGACAGACAAGUCCAUGGCGUUUAACCGGGACUUCCGGAUAAAGCACUAUGCUGGCAAUGUGACCUAUUCGGUGGAAGGGUUUCUGGAUAAAAACAAGGACACACCUUAUUCCAGGACUUCAAGCGUCUCAUGUAUAACAGCAAAGACCCCGUUCUGAAGGACAUGUGGCCGGAUGGACAGUUGAGUAUCAGCGAGGUGACCAAGAGACCCCUGACAGCUGCUACGCUCUUCAAGAACUCCAUGGUGUCACUAGCCGAGAACCUGGCCUGCAAGGAGCCGUACUACGUGCGCUGCAUUAAACCUAAUGACCAGAAGUCGGCGUUGCUGUUCGAUGACCGCCGCUGCCUCCAUCAGGUGGAAUAUCUGGGGCUCCUGGAGAACGUGCGGGUCCGGAGGGCCGGAUUUGCCUACAGGCAGCCCUAUGAAAGAUUCCUGCAGAGAUAUAAGAUGACCUGUGAAUACACGUGGCCCAACCACCUCAUGAACUCCGACAUGGAAGCCACCAAAGCUCUGAUGGAUCAGCAUGACUUCCAGGAUGACGUGGCUUAUGGCUACACCAAGGUUUUCAUUCGGACGCCCCAAACCCUGUUCAGUCUAGAACAUGAGAGGGCCCAGCUGAUCCCCAUCAUUGUCCUCCUGAUCCAGAAGGUCUGGCGUGGGACUCUGGCUCGCUGGCGAUUCAAGCGUCUGAGGGCCAUUUACAAGAUUAUGAGCUGUUACAAAUGCUACAAAGUCCGCUCCCAUCUGAUGGAGGUGGUGCGGCGUUUUGAGGAUGUGCGCAACAUGGCGGACUAUGGGAGGAGCGUGGAGUGGCCACAACCGCCCGCCGUACUGGAACAGUUCCAAGACCUCUGCCAAAGUCUGUUUAAGAGAUGGCGAGCUCGGAAGAUAGUGAAGAACAUUCCGCCAUCAGAAAUGUUCCAGAUUAAAUGCAAAGUCUGCGCCAUGGAGGCCCUACAGGACCUGCGGAGGGAUGUGGGCUACCAUCGGCCAUGGAAGCAGAACUAUCUAGCCUGUGAAGCGGACAAUCCCAGCGGAGCCGUAUCCUUCUCCAAAUCGCUGCAGAUGCUGAGGAAGAAGGAUAACCACAGCUCGGUGCUGUUCACCUGUCACAUCCGAAAGAUAAACCGAUUUCACAAAUGUAAGGAUCGCGGAUUGGUGAUCACAGACCGCCACUUGUACAAACUGGAGCCCAGGAAGGCCUACAAAGUGCUGAAGAGCCUCCCGCUGAGUACGAUCACUGGACUGAGCCUGACCAGCGGACAGGACCAGCUGAUUGUCCUGCACACACAGAAACACGACGACAUGGUGUUCUGCAUGCAGAAGUCAGAGCUAGAUGGAGAAAGCCGCGUAGGAGAACUGGUGGGGAUCCUGAUGCAUCACUUCAAAUUG